AUUAGUUUGAGAUGUUGUGUUUGGAUAGUGUAGUUAAAAUCCUCCAUAUUAUGUCCUCUAACCUCAAACAACCAAAACCCCAGUAUGAACUUCCCACAAACCUCAUUAGCAUUCCACACCUGAGCAGCCAACAUGAUUCCACGUUCUACAAAGGCACUUUUCAAAAAGCCAAUCUUUUUCCAAUCAACUCAAUCCUGCACCUUCAUCAUCAAAAACCCAUCAAAUUUCUCCACACACCCAUCAUCUUCCCCACCCGAAAUCCCCAAAAAGCUGCACCACAAAGACUGGUUAUCCGCCAACGAAGUCCUGCAAGUCUUCACCUCCGUCAGAGACCCCAAUUCAAUCCUCACGGCACUCGAUCACUAUUCCAACCGCAAGGACUACAAACCCAAUGAAGCUCUCUACACUUUGAUCAUCGCCAAGCUCGCCGAGGCCCGCCUCUUCGACGCAAUUGACUCCGUCAUGGCCCGAAUCAAAGCCGAAAGCAAAUGCCGAUUGUCCGACGACUUUUUCCGGUCCGUUAUCAAGGCUUACGGCAAUGUGGGUGGUUUUAUAAACAGGGCGAUUCACACCCUUUACGAUAUGCCCAGAUAUGGCUGCUGGCCUUCUGUGAAGACGUUCAAUUUCGUGCUGCAUUUGCUGGUUUCGACGAAGAUGUUCGAAGUCGUUCAUGAGGUGUUCCUGGAGGCUUCCAGGUUGGGGAUUGAGAUUGAUGCGUGUUCAUUGAAUAUAAUCAUCAAAGGGUUGUGUGAGUUUGGGAAAUUGGAUGGUGCACUCCAGGUGCUCGACGAAUUUCCUAAGCAGAGGUGUGAGCCGAACGCGCUGACCUUUUCGACGCUUAUGCAUGGUUUGUGCGUCAACGGGAAGGUGGAUGAGGCUUUCGGGUUGUUGAAGAGGAUGGAAGAUGAGGGCAUUGACCCGGAUACCAUCACAUUUAAUAUAUUGAUAGCGGGGCUUAGGAAGCAAGGGAGAUUCCACGAGGGGAUUAAGCUGUUGGAGGAAAUGAAGUUUAAGGGGUGUGAUCCGAAUCCAGGGUCUUAUCAGGAGGUUUUGUAUUGUUUCCUUGAUGCACAGAGGUUUCUUGAGGCCAAAGGGUUUAUGAGUUGGAUGAUUUCAAAGGGUGUUGGUCCGAGUUUUGUGUCGUACAAGGCGUUGAUUCAUGGGCUGUGCAAAGAAAAUCUGGUGCAGGAUGUGGAAUGGGUUUUGAAGCAGAUGAUACGACAAGGUUUUCUUCCGAAGAUGGGGAUGUGGAGGCAGAUUCUCAAAAGUAUGUUUGCAGAGAAGAGCAGCCAUUGCUGUGCUUCGUUUGAAGAAAUUGUAGCUAGUUGAAUCAUACAAAAUGGAUGAUUGUAUGGUGAUGUUUCUCACAGAUUAGUCCUUCCAAACAAUUUUGAGGUCAUGUAAAUUGAAAGGCACUCUUCCUAUAUUCCGGCCCAGCUUGAGACUCGAAUUUAUGAAACGAAAGGAGCUGAAGAUUUUUCGUCUGAUAAAAUGAUCUCGGUACAUUGAGUAAUCACGGACCGUUGACACUCCGGCGUCCUGCUGAAGCUGUGCAAGGAAAUACCUAACAAACUGAUGGCGACCGGAAUGAGGAUAAUGUUGGAUCGAUGGAAUUAUGGAAGUCGAACUUGUUUAAUCAACUUCAGUUAUUGGAGUUUUCAAAGUUGUAAUUUUAUUGCCUAAACCCUAUACAAAUAUGUCCCCUUUCUCUA